CAUUAGCCAUUCGUUUUUGUGGUUCGUGUUUGGUUUUUGCUUGCUUACGUUUGUGUUUGUGGAAUGAAAGAAAUAAUUAGUAACUAAAACUUUAUCCUUAGGAAAAAUUUGCUAUUCUAGCGUAUUUACACUUUCAAUGUUGAGAAAUUAGUAAUCAUUGAAAACAUGUGCUUCUAGUAUUACAAAAAAUCACUGUUGGUGAGAUCUUAAAAAAUGGCCACCGUUUUUGAUAGCCCUUUUAUUAGACAACGUAUUAAUCGGCUAAGACAACGAGACUUAGAUUUUGAAGAGGACCAAAGAUUUGGGCGAUGUGACUGUACGAGUUACUCGUAUUUUGUACUUUCGAUGGUUCUGUUUUCUGUCGGUACUGUAAUUACAGUAUUGGCGUUAGGAGGUGCUGAUGGUUAUAUUCUUACUAAUUUGGGACACAUGUGGCUUGUAGGGCCUAUAUUUAUAUGCUCUGGAAUGAUGGUAGCAGUGAAAAGUAUGUUAUACUUACGAAGAAAAAGUGUUAUUCAGAUGCUGUUACAUCGUCGUGCUUUAAUAAGAGAUAUGGCUGCUAUGCCGGCGGAACAAGCAUAUAGUGGCCAGGUGCCAAGGACAGCUUCCAGUGCCACCCUCCCCCCAUCGUACGACGCUCUUAUAGCCAAUGCAGCCACAAGUAAACCCCAGCCUUCUAGCUCAGAACCUCCGCCACCUACAUAUGAUGAAGCAAUGUGCCUCAUUCACGAUGAAAAAGCCCACAUCAGACAAAAUGAGGCAAGCUCUAAACAAGAGACAAGUAACCAUUUGUCUGAAAUUGACAACAGUAAACCAUGAAACUUACUGACUACACCUGAGUGUACCUAGCACUGUAAGAAAAUCUCAAUUCUUCCUUUUGUACUUAUUGAAACA